AUGAAAGCGAGAAGCAGGCCCCUGGUGGUUUUGGGGGGUGGAGGUCAUACGCAGGAGAUGCUGGAAAUUCUGGGGGGAGGUCCUGAGUUCGCGUGUGCUAGUGUGGUGCACUGCGAGAGCGACAGAAUCUCGGUGGAUCUGUUCAAAAGCGCCUUCCAGGGCACAGAAUGCACUGUUUAUGCAGUUCCCAGGCCGAACAGAGUCCUGGAGAAGCACUCUCUCCUGGAAAUGGCUCUUUCCCUCUUUUUCUCCUUUCUGACGGUUUUUCAAGCGAGAAGCGACUUUCUCCUGUGCAAUGGCCCUGGAUUGUGUGCUCCCGUGGCACUUGCGUACAGGAUCCUGCACCCUUUCAAGCCCAUUUUCUACGUUGAAAGCGUAACUCGAGUCCGCACUUUGUCAACCACGGGAAAACUCCUGCAGUACAUUGCAAGUGUCUUCAUUGUGCAGAGCAGGCACCUGGAGAGAACGAAGUAUCCCCACAGAACGUAUCAUAGCGUCUUUAACGUGGUCAAGAGAGACCAAAUAGCAUAA